GUGCCCUCUGGAGACGAUGCUGCUGCUCCUGCUGGGUCUGGUGCUGAGCCUGGCCUUGGCCCAGAAGCUCUACCCCGAGGAGAUUGUGGAGCAAGACUUCAACAUGACCAGGGCCGCAGGGUCCUGGUCCUCCAUCUCCUUGGCCUCUGACAACGUGAUGUGGAUCGGAGUCAAUGGGGACCUGCACCUCUUCAUUCGGACCAUCGAGCUGCUACUGAACAGCAGCCUCCUGUUUCAUUUCCGCUUCUGGAUGCAGGGGGAAUGUGUGUUCGUGACUGUGGUCUGCGAGAAGACACCAAAGAACGCAGAGUUCUCCACUGUCUACCGGGGGGAAAACAAGGUGCUCAUCUUGGAGACUGACUACUGGAUGUACAUCAUCUUCUACCUGAAGAACGUCCGGUUCGGCAUCGAGACCCAAGUGCUGGCGCUCUACGGGCGCAUCCCAGUGCUCAGCGACCCCUUGCUGGACAGAUUUGAAAAGGCCUACAGGAAGUACGGGAUGGGUCCAAGAAACACCAUCAAUCUGGCCGAGAAAGGUGGGCUCCCAUGCUCCCCGGGGCCUGCGGAAGCGGGGCUGGGGCCGGGGCGUGGCCCCUCCAGCUCAUCUGGGAGCCUGGCCUCCCCAGAUCUCUGCCAGUACUAGUGGAAGAGGAGCUGGCCCAGCCUUAGGGUGAGUGGGCUCUGACGGGCGUGGGAUGGGCAUGGUGGGGUGGCGGGGGGGCCCCGGAUGGCGGUGGCUUGGUGUCAGAGGCCAGGGUCUCAGCUCAGAAGGGCCACAGGUGCAUUUCUCCAAGCCCAUCCCUCACCGGACUGCUGGGUUUUCCUGGAACACAGAGAGUGUGGUGGCUGGUGGAGUGCUGAACACUCCCAGGUCGGGUUUCCCGGGGCCUUGUGGGCUGCAGUCGGGGCAGCACAGGAUGUGAGCCGCAGGAGGGCGCUGUGCAGUGAAGACUUACUCUCUCGAAGCUCUGCAGUCUGCCUGUCCAGGACCCAGGUGUUGAGAGGCCGAACCCCCCAGGGCUCCAGGGUCCUCCUGGCUCAUCCAGCUGCUGGUGGCUCCAGGUGGCCCAUGGCUCAGCCUGGCUCACCCGAACCUCUGCCUCUGUGUACACGCGGCCCCAACUUCCUGUGGCUGCUCUUCCACCUCCUGUAAUGAUGCUGUCUUAGCUCUGGGGCCCAGAACGAGGCCUCUCACCCAGCACCCUGACUCUAGCACAUCUGUAGGAGCCUUUUUCCAAAUAAACCUCAUCC